ACAGCAGAAUGCGCUUAACCGCACCUAGAGGCUACCUACAGCCCAAGCCCCUACGAAGUGAUCUGUAAUUAGAUCCAUGCAUUAUGUGUUAAACAGUAACAAUUAACACUCGCUUUGAUUUGGAUUCGAUCUUGCUCUUCCAUCUAUCAAAAACAGCCAGCCAAUCUCGAUCAAAUCAGAGUACUGCAUUCAUUGGGGAAAAGGAAGAUCCUGCCACAAAUAUCGGGAGAAUCAUAUACAAGACAGACAGGUCAAAGCCGCGAUUGAAUCGAUUUAUUGCCCCGACACAAACUCUUUAAAACACUUUGAGGAGCUUAUAAAGAAACGCCAAUACCACUCUAGAGAGCUCCAAUAUGAUCGCUUAAGUCUUCUCAUUUUAAGCCUAUUGGCUUACCAUCAUUCUCACAGACAUGACGACUCGACGCAGAGGCGCAUCGGAUCAUACCGAAGUCGCUUUGUCUUCGGAAGUAUCGGGUGACACAGAUCGUAAGAGUGUCCAACAGAGAGUUAUCAAAGAAGAUGGAAAAGCAAAAACAAGUCAAGAUGGUCAUUAUGCUCUUUUAAAUCCUGCUCCUAAUCAUCCGCUCUAUACAACUUCAGCAUCUCCUUCACAUCCUUCAUUUUCUCCGACACAAUCAUCUCGCUUGCAAAGAAGGAGAAAUGUACGAGAAGCAAGUGAAUCUUCAACUUUUGCUUCGUCUUCAAACAACCCAGAAAAUGACUUGCCGCGGGGAAAGAGUGAUUUUGAUCAUCCCAAACGUACAGCGCUCGAUCGUCUAGAAGGUUGGUUUGGAUUAGGUGAAACAGGUCCAGUAGAUCGGAAAGAUCCAUCGACAAGCCAUCUUGCACCACCUCCAACUCGUACCAAGGCUCCGUCUAAGCCCAACAAAACCACACGCCUGGUUUUAGUCCACACAGUCUUGGUUACCGAUUCUCUAGAAGCUCUGGCAUUACGAUAUAAUUCUGACGUGCGAACACUGCGAAAGGCCAACGGAUUGUGGCCUGGCGAUAGCGUUCAAGUUCGCAAAGAGCUCUAUAUACCCGUGGAUGAAGAUGCAGUGCAAACACAAGCAAUCGGUACGAAUGAGAUAGGCAUGAACAAUGGUAUUCAAAUACAGCAUGCAAAUGAGGCAUCUAAUGGAAAAUUAAACCUGCUAAACGGUCCACCGCCAACGCGACAUGAUCGAUCAAUGUCAUCAACGAGCAGCAGUGCUGCUACAUCAACUUCACAUCCUCAAUCAAGCUCGGCUUUUGGUGCAGGUCUUGGUCUUAGUGGAUCCUCAACAGAUCUGUCUGCAAAUCGAAAUUCUCCGGAAUUACGACGGGUGCCUAUCCAAUCCCUUUCACACUUUCCGCCGCCUGGACAGACGCCGACGGGAACAGCAAAAGGGAAAGGAUCAGAAGAGCAAGAAGCAUUUGGUUAUGGGGCUGGCAUGAAGCCGGACGAAAAUAUGGAACCUGGCGAAAGUGGUGUUGAGGAUCUGUUGCAGCUGGCUGAGCGUGCAAGGAUGCGUGGUACAGAUUCUUCUUCUCCUCCUCCUCCCGCGUCCAAUAUCACAGAGGCAAACGUGAACAGUCUUAAAGGCAAAUUGCCAGACUUGGUCAGAAAACAAUCGAGAGAAGCAAGCACGGCAGCAUCCUCCCCUUCUUUGAGCUCAAAAGCGCUAGACGAAGAUUGGAAGCCGAACAAGUAUAGGCUAGGUGAGAAGAAGAGACAAGCAAAGCCAAAUACGGCCAACGAUACCGAUGACAAUAGAGCUGCACCCGUGGGACCGGCGAUGAUGGUUGCUGCCCAAAGCAGCUCAACUUCCAACAGACAGAAUUACCAAGGAUGGAAUGAUAUACCCGAACCACCUCUGAGCAAAACAGCCAAAGGUCAAGUUGCACAUGCAUAUAAGCCAAAGCGAAGGUAUCCUCGACCUGGUGUGGUGGCUGGAUCAGAAGUAUUGGGAAGUGCUUUGUUUGAUGAUUUGGCAGCCGGUUUACCCGCCAAUCCCGGUCCAGCGGCUAAUUGGGCACGACCGAUCGGCGAAAGUUUGCCUAUACCCGCUGAAAGAGCGAAACGAACGGUUUCCGGUAGCUCUAGACAGACAAGUGGUGCUUCAACAGAUGCUGGUUGGGGACAAUUAUUUAGCGAUACAGUGAGAGGAAAGAUGCGAUUAGAAGAUGCAUUAGAACGUGGAUGGGAUGAUUUGAGAAGCGGAUUACUAACGAGUGCCAAUGGUACUUUGUUAAACGAUGGCAGAAAUGGUGGCUAUCAUACUUUACCUUCCGUUCAAGCUGUUGCAUCCGAUAGCAGACCUCAAAGGCCGAGUGCAGAGAUGGCAAGAGCAGCUUUGGCGGAUACAGGUGGAUCAAGUGGCGGUCAAUCACCGAAUCCAUCAAAUCUCCAACACAUCGGGACGAGUAAUGCCCAUAAUCCUUCCUCAUCUUCAUCUUAUGGACUACAAGUGGAUUCGGGAACCAGUGCGAGCGUGCGUAGAAGUAGCGGUAAAAGCAUGCAUGAGCUGGAAGAUUUACGGGUUCAAAAUGAGACAGAUGGCACAUGUGCAAAGACAUGGUCUGCAUCUUCGGCAGCCAAGGCGAGAAAUGGAACAACAACAUUUGCAGCUGAUGAUUCUUCAUCCGGUCGUUCUACAACGACAACUCGUCGAAACGUUCGCAAUGUUGAUUGGCUUGGUUGAUAGAGAGUCAGUGUCCACACGAACAAUGUAGAAUAAUCUUUUACAAUGAUAAUUGCAGUGCCUCUGAAGUGGGUGAUAUACAUUUGGGAUCCAGUUAAGCAAUUCUCAGUCUUCCAUCUCAUAGUUCUUGCAUCUCUUCAUCGCCAUCGGUUAGCUCGAGUGCUUUAGUUGCACUUUUACGUCCUCCCUUUCCUGCACCUCCGCCUUUCUUCCGUCCGCCAGCUGAUGCAAGUGAUGUAUCUGCAUCUCCUUCGAUUAUGGAAGCAUCUGUCGGAUCUGCAGUAGUGGCGCCUUGCUUCUUGCUUUUGGCAGUCGCUCCUUUGGGCUUUCCUGGCUUCUUACCCUUCGCUUGCACUUCUUCUGCUUGGACAUCUUGAAUGACUGCAUCUGCCUCUGUCUGCUCUUCUACAUUUUCUCCACUCUGUGUUGCUCCUUCAGCCUGCUCCUCCUCAACUUCCUCCU